UUGUUUUUUUUUUUUUUGUUUGUUUCCCAUAGGUGGCUGCUGCUUUAAUGCCAUAGUGUCAUUAGCUUGCUGAACACUAAACAUGAGAAUAGCAGGUGCUGCAAAGUUGGUAGUAGUCAUAGCAAUAUUUUUAUUGACAUUUUAUGUCAUAUCACAAGUGUUUGAAAUAAAAAUGGAUGCAAACUUAGGACACAUAUUUGCUAGAUCAGCGUUGGAUGCAGCUGCACGCUCUACAAAACCUCCAAGAUACAAGUGUGGGAUCUCCAAAGCUUGUCCUGAAAAGCAUUUUGCAUUCAAAAUGUCAAGUGGAGCAGCAAAUGUAGUUGGACCUAAAAUUUGUGUAGAGGAUAAUGUUUUAAUGAGUGGAGUAAAAAAUAAUGUUGGCAGAGGAAUAAAUAUGGCCUUGGUCAAUGGUAAAACAGGAGAAUUAUUAGAUACUAAGUUCUUUGACAUGUGGGGAGGAGAUGUGGCACCACUUAUUGAAUUUCUGAAGACCAUCCAGGAUGGAACAAUUGUGUUAAUGGCAACAUAUGAUGAUGGUGCAACCAAGCUUAACGAGGAAGCACGGAGACUGAUCGCUGAAUUAGGGAGCACAUCCAUCACUAACCUUGGCUUCAGGGACAACUGGGUCUUCUGUGGUGGGAAAGGAAUUAAGACUAAAAGUCCAUUUGAACAGCAUAUAAAAAAUAACAAGGACACAAACAAGUAUGAAGGCUGGCCAGAAGUUGUUGAGAUGGAAGGCUGUAUCCCUCAGAAGCAAGACUAAAUCAAAACAGAAGAAAAGGAAAAAGAAUAUGGAAGACAAUGCACUUUCUGCUAUUAUUAGAGAGAGGGCUAUGAAGGAGACUGUACUGUAAAAAUUAUUUUUAAAGCAUGCAGCCAUCUUGUCAGUGUGUGCAUGAGCACUGACAUUUUGAAUAUUGGGAUUAUUUAUUGCUGACACACAUAGAAAUUCUUUUUGUAAAUAUGUCCAAAUAAAAGAAACAUCAAAUCAUUUCUAUGCAGGUUUCUUAAAAGCACAGUAUUUAGUUUGCCUGUGGUAAAUAAUACUUGUAGAUAACUGGCUAAUAAAUAAUGUAUGUGGACAAUAAACAGAUUGUGACAAAUGUACUGUCCUCGUAACAGUGCAAUGUUGCUGUGACUAUGUAAACUUGGUGGAAUAUUGCAGAUUUUAGUAAUACAUUAAUAAGGAACUUUAAUUUUUUUAUCUUCUGCCUUUUUAAUGGCAUCAUCAAUUUUUAUUAAAACUGUUUGGUUAUUCUAAUA